AUGACAAGAGACACGAAUGUUGCAAUAAAUUUUGCAGGAAAUGUAUUUGAAGGUGCUCAUCCAAUUAUCCUUUUAGCCGAUACUGAAUUAUUACGUAAAGUACUUAUCAAAGAUUUCCAUUUAUUCACAAAUAGAAGGAGAAUCGAGGGUAUUAAUGGUCCACCAUUAAAUCAUGGCUUAUUUUCAUUACAAAAUGACGAAUGGAAACGGUCAAGAAGUAACGUUUCGCCAACAUUUACCACCAGUAAACUAAAAGAUAAUCGAAAUGAUUUUAUUCAAAUAAUGGUGGAUCAAACUGAGACACAUAAUAGUCAUUUAGAAAAUACGGAUAAAGUGGAAACGCCAACAAAACAAUAUUUAGCCUUAAAAGAUGAUGAAAUAAUUGGUCAAGCGCUAAUAUUUUUUAUUGCUGGUUUUGAAACAACCGCUUCACUAUUAUCGUUUUUUAUGUACGCCCUGGCAGUUAAUCCUCAUGUUCAAGAAAAGGUUUUUCAAGAGAUAUGUUCGGUUUGUAUCGAUGAAAAUGGGAUGAAUGAUAUUUCCUAUGAGAAAAUUGGACAGUUACACUAUUUGGAUGCAGUUAUUAAUGAAACAUUAAGAAUGUAUCCACCAGUAACAAGAUUUGAUCGUGAAUCCAGUGUACCAUGUGAGUUAGGUGGAUACAUGUUACCUACUGGUACGAUAAUAACCGUUCCAGUUUAUUGGCUACAUCAUGACCCCGAUGUAUGGGAAAAUCCUGAACAAUUUAUACCAGAAAGAUUUUAUUCAUCUGAGAAGCUAAAACGUGAUCCAUUAUAUUUUGUACCGUUUGGCAUCGGACCGCGAAGUUGUGUUGGUAUGCGUUUUGCAAUUCAAACUGUAAAACUGGCUAUUGUACAAUGUCUUUAUCAGUUUGAAAUAUGUACAUGUGAAAAAACAACGAUUCCACUUAAAUUUGAAAAAGCAUUGAAUAUUUUUCCUCAAGAUCAAGUAUGGCUUUGUGUAAAUAAACGAUCAUUAUAG